UUGAUGACAUCCUUAAAGUGGACGAAUAAAGACGUUUUCUUGCCUGCUUUCGAAAGAGGAAACAGGGCACCGAGCCGAGGCUCCGUGGUGCUGAAAGGACAGCUCCCCGGCUUUUUGACAGCUGCAGAUAUGUUCACCCGAAUGUUAAAGCUGAGACUGCUUAAUGCUGUAGCACCUGCGUACUUCUUUGUGGCCACUGCAGUUACGUUUAUACUACAUUUCUUUCUCUUCAUCCCAUCUAUCUUCCCCAAUCCGGACACAUCGCUGAGGAGCUCGACAACCCUUCACACAGCCGUUUUUCUCUUCCUGAUGUUUAAUGCAUUGGGGAAUUACAUAAUGACUAUCAAAUAUCCUGCUGAGAGUGCCAAUGACACAGCGAUUCCGGUGUGUUCACCCCACUGCUCGGACAAAGUGGAUGCCCACUACCUCCUUAACGGACGCCACUUCUGCAAACUGUGCAAGAAGGUUAUUUUCAGGAGAGAUCAUCACUGUUUUUUCACUGGAAACUGCAUCGGCAACAAGAACAUGCGCUACUUUAUCAUGUUCUGCAUCUACACUUCAUGCACAUGCAUGUACUCUUUGGUUCUUGGUGUGGCCUUCCUGACAGUCGAGUACUCCAUCUCCUUUGAGAACCCACUGACCUUCCUGACCCUUCUCCCUCUCUCCACUGGUUACUUCUUCAUGGGCACAAUCUCAGGCCUGCAGCUAUUCUUGGUGCUGAUGCUGUAUGUGUGGCUGGGCAUCGGCUUGGUGUGUGCAGGUUUCUGCUGUCAGCAGGUGCUACUGGUGGCCCGGGGGCAGACCUGGUGUCAGAUGCAAAGAGGGGAGCUGGUGGAGAAUCGCAGCCCUUGGAGAGCAAACCUCAAGAAUGUUUUUGGUGCCCGCUGGAUCCUUGGCCUUAUUCUGCCUGUGCAAACAGUGGAUACAUACUCUGAAGAUACAGAUGACCUCAAGCAAGACUGACGGACAACUAUUCAUCACAAAAAGUAUAAUUUUGGUCAAAAAAGGGGCUCAACUUUUAGAAUGUUGGUGGAAACUGUUUUCUAAUCUGUAUGGAUGCUUGUAGUAAGAUAGCUGUUAGCCUCAUGCCCUUAAAGCCAGGAGCCAUGCUAACAAUGUGAGACAAGUGCUAAGCAUACAUGUUUAUCUUUAAAGAGGCAUUUCUUAAUGCAAUAUUAGAUAAAUAAUAAAAUAAGUGAUAAGUAAAUAAUUUUUACAGCACCCUACAUGCAUAUCUGUUUACCUUCACUGCAAAAACGAUCUAGAAAUAAGUCAACAUUUCUUGAAUUAAAGGUAUUCCCCCCUUAAUAAGACGAUUUUCCA